UCCUAGUCAUUUUCUCCACGCGUAUUCUCAUCAAAUGCAUUAUAUCCGUCUGCAAAACUUCGAGAGCUCUCUGCCACAGAAGAAUAAAAAUGCCUUCCGUUAAGUUUUUUGUAUUUUUUCAGUUUGUUUAUCUUCUAUGUGAUCUGGUGAGUUCGAUCAACGCAUUUGAGCCAUUUUACUAUUAUCACAUUUGCCCGAACACUUCUGCUUACGCCAUUAACAGCACUUACCAAACCAGCCGAAAUCUUUUGCUCAAUUCGCUUUCUUCCCAUGCCAACCGUAACGGUUUCUACAACGCCACCGCAGGGGACGGCCCUAACAAAAUCUACGGCCUCUAUCUUUGCCGUGGCGAUGUCAAUUCCAGUAUCUGCCAAGGCUGCGUCAGUUUCGCCACUUCGGAUGUAACCGAACGUUGCCCUCUUCAGAAAGAAGCUGUGAUAUGCUACGACGAGUGCCUUUUACGCUUCUCUGACGAGCCUUUCUUCUCUACUGUGGCUGACGACGAGGGGUUCAUGAUGGCUAAUGUCGACGUAGUACAGUUUAGCGAGUUUGUGAAUAGAACGAUGAACGAAACAGCAACUGAGGCUGCGAAUUCGCCGAAAAAGUUUAUGACGAAAAGGAAAAAUUUCACAGCCUCCCAACCAGUUUACUUUCUUGCACAGUGCACACAGGACCUUUCGAGUUUUGACUGUAACAGAUGUCUUCAACUGUCUAUUUCACAGUUGCAGAUGAGGCGAGAAGGAGGAAGACAGCUGUUUCCGAGUUGUUACAGCCGGUAUGAACUGUACCAGUUUUACAAUAAAAACGUGACGGCAGUUCGUGCUCUGCCUCCUGUGACAACACCUCCUGUCUAUUUCAAGUUUACAAUGAAAGGAGGGAAAGGUGUCCCUUUUUUAAUAAUCAUCGCCAUCAUUAUUGCUUCAACUGCUGCGGUGCUUUCCAUUCCUGCUGGAUUUUGUCUCGUAAGAAGAGGAAGAGGAAAAAAGAAGAAAGACUAUACACAGGCAUAUAUUUUUGAUAAUGAAAUUAUGAACUCCUUGCAAUUUGAUUUUGAGGCAAUUAAAGAAGCCACAAACAAUUUCUCAACUGAUAAUAAAUUGGGUGAAGGCGGGUUCGGUGAGGUUUAUAAGGGCAUACUUCCUGAUGGACGAGGAAUAGCUGUAAAGAGGCUAUCGACAAGAUCCUGCCAAGGUUAUGAAGAAUUUAUAAAUGAAAUCGUAUUGGUGGCCAAGCUCCACCACAGAAAUUUGGUUAGGCUGCUGGGAUUUUGCUCGGAGGGAGAAGAAAAGAUUCUUGUAUAUGAAUUUGUGCCAAACAAGAGUCUUGACUAUUUUUUGUAUGAUCCUGAAAAGCAAGGAGAAUUGGAUUGGUCAAGCCGCUACAAGAUGAUUGGAGGCAUUGCUCGAGGAAUGUGUUAUCUGCAUGAGGAAUCUCAACUUAAAAUUAUUCAUCGUGAUCUCAAAGCUAGCAACAUAUUGUUGGAUGAGAACAUGAACCCAAAAAUUUCCGAUUUCGGCAUGGCAAGAAUAGUUAGAGUUGAUGAAUCCCAAGUAAACACAAUUAAAAUAGUUGGGACAUACGGUUACAUUUCACCAGAAUAUGCUGUUCAUGGCCAAUGCUCAGUGAAAUCUGACGUGUAUAGUUUCGGAGUUCUAGUUUUAGAGAUUAUCACUGGCAAGAAGAGCAGCAAUUUUUAUCAAACAGACGGUGCUGAGAAUCUCAUGAGCUAUGCUUGGAAACAUUGGAGAGAUGGAACGCCUUUGCAAUUGUUGGAUUCAAGUUUGUCUAAUUCCUGUUAUUCUAGAGAUGAAGUAAUCAGAUGCCUCCAUGUGGGGUUGUUAUGUGUACAGGAAGAUCCAGUUGAGAGGCCAUCAAUGGCGACGAUAGAUCUCAUGCUUAAUAGUUACUCUGUCACUGUUCCAUCUCCUCAACAGCCGGCAUUUUACCUUGGCAGUACACAGGAGGUGAGCAAGACAGAAGACUUUGACUCUGAUCUAACUGCAAACAAGUCAGCGCCGUGCUCUGUGGAUGAAGAAUCCAUCACUGAAGUAUUUCCUCGAUAAAGAGGGAUGAUGGUUUAUGUGCUUGCCCUUCAAAACAAGGUGAUAUAUUAGAGUUUAGAGGAAAGUGGGAAAUAAAAACUUCUUUGUUUGAUUUGUAAUCUCGCGUCCUACCACAUUUUUAACUUUGAAAACAUAAAUCCUAGUCUGAAAGUAAGUAAGAAAUCUAAGUGUCUUUUACAAUUCGGGAGAUGGCUUGUGUUUUAGAGCAACGAGCAUCACAAAUCCCAAACUAUUAUUUCUGAUUCCCAUUGUAAAAUCAAACAUUUAUUUCUAA